AUGGGAUCAUUGCGCGAGGGCGUCUAUCAGAAGAAGGCUGUCUACUCUCGUGCCGGCGGCAGCGGAGCUGCAAGCUGCCCUUGUUUGCCACUGGGAGCUAAGAGUUGGGAUAGCUCGUCGCUCCCUGAGACUGAAGGGCAAACAAACAGGCCGGGAAUAGACUCGAGCUCGAGGAGUUUGUCCGGUGGCUAG